UUCGUGUUCAGCUUAGCUCGGUUCGGCUCUCAGCUUCGUAGUAUCGGAAACCUCAAAGUACUCAAAAGGUCCAAGUUCUCGUACUCUCCCCCGUACGGUUCCGCGCACUUUGCCUCACCAGACGAAGAGUUGCGGAGGUUGCGAUUUCUCUCCUCCUUUCUCCGUCCGCUCGCGAGAGACGCGAGAUUCUUAGUCGCCCGAGCGGCGACUAGAAUACCUGUUGCUCUGCGUGCUCGCGCGAGAAGACCGGCAGCGUGUUGGUGCGCAGUUCGCGGGCGAAACAGCGACGACGUAGGUGACGUGUACACCGAGGCGCCACGUAUUCCUUGACUUGAAAAAAAAAUAUACAUCGCCGGAAGGAGUGCAUCGCGUUCCCAUGCCUAGUGCCUUGAAUCCGCCGCUAUUUAUGGCGGGGACAUUCACGACGAAUUCUCUAUGUCUACGCAUCAACCUCCGAGGAAACACGAACUUCCCUUAUCUCGAAAUCUCAGAAAGUUAAAAUUCGAGCAUGCCACAUUGAGAUCAGGGAUCAGCCUUAACGAUCUAUGAAUGAAACGCGUCGCGCCGUCACCCAAUAAUGAGAACCCGUUCCUUCGUUUGGCGCCGAAACGAGCGGACCAUAACUUUCGAUGCGUCUUUUUACGGAUACUUUUAGAGGAAUCAUGGGGACGAUAUGGCGGCUAUUUAUGAUGACGCUCUUGUUAAUGAUGCAGUCUGCUCUACUCAGUGCUCAUCGUGAACACAAAGUUCAUAACAUCGUGCUGUAUCCUGAUAAGCACAGUUGGUGCAAGACGACGCCUAUAAAGCAAGUAGUGACUUGGCCCCAGUGUUCUUCACAAGAAUUGGACAAUAACGUAUGCGUCGGUGCUUGUUUCUCAUAUAUGGUCCCUCAUAGCGAACCCUCCGCACCCGGUGAUCUCAUAAGACCUUAUUGCGACUCCUGUCAACCUUUGGACAGCGUUUGGCACACUGUUACGCUAGAUUGCAAAGAUGAACUGAAUAAUCCAGUAACCAUGCAAAAGAAGGUGCAGAUCAUCACAAACUGUUCCUGCAGUUCUUGCAUGGAGACCUCGAAGAUCAAACCAGAUUAUAAUACCCUACUACAGUCCUUAACGGAAGAGAACUUGGACAAAAAUGUGAACGUGGCGCACGAGACGCCUGAUUUACUAUUGGAUCCGAAUCUGAACGCCUCGAAGAACACGACGAGAGAUGGAGCGCAAGCCAACGAGCUCCUCCAACUCGUCAAGAAAUUGAAAGAUACGCAAAAAUUGGACGAAAGUGAAAAAGAAUUAUUCUCCAAGUUCGAGGAAAAGGUUGAUUUGAAAAAACUCAAGGAGGUGUUGGACAGUCAAGAGGACAAGGAGGAUCAGCACGAGCACCAUCACCAGCAUCAGCAUGAGCAUCAGCAUCAACAUCAACAGCAACAGCAGCAGCACCUUCAUCGCGGACCUCAUCACUCCUUGGUGUUAGACUCGGAUGUGAAGGAAAAGAUCGAUGUGGAACCGCAUUACCUGCAUCCCGCCGUUGCUGGACAAGAGAUCAGUUACCAUGACAACAUCCUGGUGGGUAAGGAGAAGAAGAAAGACUUCUAGACCCGUCGAAGCGGAAUUCGUCGUUGUACGAGUGUCGCCUUCGUUCGCCACGCUCGCAAAAAUUCGCAGUAGUCAGUUGAGAAUUGUAGAAACGCGUAUAGAUACUUUGAUAAGCGAACGAUUGGGAUACCUAGUCUGCUAUCCAAUUUUAAUUCUACGUAUUUAUUUACGUAAUUAAUUGGAUCGUAAGAUAUUAAUUGUUGAUAUAUUUAUUGAUAAUUAUUUUUACAAAAUUACGUAAUAAUGAUUUUAUACAUUUUUACAUGAUUGUUUGUAUAAAAGGUAACAAAAAUUUUCUUAAUAUUAUAUAUUUUAUAGCUUGUCGUAAAAAAUGUUUAAAAAUAAUAUGCGAAUUAAAAAUAAGCCUGGCACUUUGAAAUUAAUUCUGUCGCCAUUGAAAAUGAGAAAGAAAAAUUAUAAGAGCGUGUGUGAGAGAGUGGAAAGAUUGGGAUGGGAGAAAAUUCUAAUAUAUAUUUAAUUGUUAUUAUGUUAAUUAAUUAUUUAAAUAGCUGCAUGACAAUCGGGGCGUUAACUCGACCUUAAGCAUACGAAGUGACGCUUUAGUGAGAUUUAUAAUCCCGAUCCGUAAAAAUAUAUGAAUAAUACUCUCGAGUCUGAAUUUCAGUCUCGAUAUGACGUCGAUCUCUACGACAUAUUCAUUGUAUUAUUCUCCUUAGAGAAUAAAGACCAUCAUGGUCAACAUUCGUGUCUUCUCUGGUA